GGUAUGUAUAACCGUUACAUGAAGACAAAUAAACAGCUUGAGUGACGGUAUCGUGCGUAAAAUUAACCGAUUCAUUAGUAAUUUUUCAUUCAAUCAAUAAACAGCAGCGCAUUUGGGUGGCUGGUGGAAUUUUGACCGGACCAGGCCAGCACAAAUUCAUAAUGGGAAAUAAAUCAUCGCUAUUGUUGCGUGAAGAAGAAAUAUCACAAAUUCACGAAGAAACUGGUUUCACCCCGAACCAAAUCGAACGGCUGUAUUCACGGUUCACCUCGCUUGACCGCAACGACUGCGGUACACUCUCGCGGGAGGACUUUUUGCGCAUACCGGAGCUGGCCAUCAACCCGCUAUGCGAACGGAUCGUGCAUUCCUUUUUCGCCGACAGCAACGACGAUCGGGUGAACUUUCGUCAGUUCACCCGUGUUCUUGCGCACUUCCGGCCAAUCAAACCGAACAAGGAGAACAGGCUCAACAGUCGGGAGGAGAAGUUACGUUUUGCAUUUAAAAUGUACGAUCUGGAUGAUGACGAAACUAUUUCGCGAGAAGAACUCCUCAGCAUUUUGCAGAUGAUGGUCGGCGCAAACAUUAGCCAGGAUCAGCUGAACAGCAUUGCCGAGCGAACGAUUCUCGAGGCGGAUUCGGUUGGCCAGGGCAAGAUCACCUUUGAGGACUUUUGCCGCGCCUUGGAGCGUACCGAGGUCGAGCAAAAGAUGUCGAUUCGGUUCCUCAACUGAAGCCGGCGCUCGUGGUGUGAUUGGUUUGCCAAUUUAGGGCAAUCUUAGACCAAAUGGGAGGAGGUGCAUUCGUUUUCGAGCUGUGUUUGAAAUAAUUUCUUUAUUAUGGAUUUCAUUUGAAACUGAUGCACACGACGAGCGGCUAAACGAACGAUUUUUAGACGAAGGAGGAAGUUUUUCCAAUGUAAUGGUUUAUUUGACGUUUGUAGAAUGUAGAGUGUAUGGUGUAUAUAAACAGUUGAGCAUUGAAAGUAUUAAAUAAAGAAAUACCAACCUAUACCCUAAAAGAGAAUUUAAC